UACCGUGUGCCACCACCAGGGGUGUUGGAAAUGGAGAUUUCCUUCUUCUGAAUUUACCAGAGCUGUUAAAGAGAACCAACUGGAAGUGUGCAUUAAUGACAAGGUGAUUGUGACAUCACAGUGGUGAGUUAUUGUGUGGUUUGUAAAAAUACCUGUCCCAAGGUUUACAUCGUUCUUUCAUUCACCAGUGUGUUAUUGCAUGUAUCUGAUUGUGUCGCGAUUACCACUCCUGAAACACCUCUCUUUUAAUUGAAAUCCAACCCACACACACAAACACACACACACAUUCCUGCAGUUCCCUGGAGGGAUCCUUAUCAGUUUUAAGCGGCUUCACCUAUGCCAGUGAUGAAAAAGCUGGGAAGGAGGACAAAUGCAGAGAUGAAGGGAUGAUGGGAGAAGAGAUGGAAAGAUUAGUGUCGAAAAUAGAGGAAUACUGCAGAUGAGGAAGACGCAGAGUAGCUGAGCAAAGACAGAAGAAAUGCAUGCGCAUAAAUAAGCACACGCGUCGCUCCCGAGGUGUCAUCUACAGGGCAUAAUGUAACACACUCCUGUGAGCCACUGUCUUAUUUAAUACUGAGGGGAAAGAGAAAGAGAGAGAGAGAGAGAGAGGUGCUCACCUGAGGUAUCUGUCAUUGAUUUGCUGGUCCUUAAAUAUUUGAGCAUCCCUGUUAUUUAGGUAAGACUUUAUUCAUUCAGAUGUAUGUCAAUUCUCAGUAGGAGUGAAGCAGUAGAUGCCGUCGACCUCUCAGCACUCUUACAUCCUUCUUUUCUUCCUCUCUCCAUCUCCUUCACUGACUCCUCUCCUCUCUAUUUGGUUCCAUUUACUUCCUUUUCCUGUCCUCUUGAAAAUGUCGCUGAACCUUCACCACCUCCACUUUUUAAACCCUUCUUUCAUCGUCCCCUUCUUUACACUCGACCCCUUUUCAUUCCCUCCGUCUCUCCCUCAGAGAUCAAUCUUAUUUUUUGGGAGGAUUUACUCACACACUGUGCAUUUAAACCUCCCUAUUGUUCCCAAAUGCUGUCUGCAUAAGAGCAAAGAGUAAAUAUCUGUAUAAUAAAAUCAUGCCACUGCUUCAUCACUACACUAUGUGGUUUCCCUAAGACUGAACCCAUGCUAAUCUUCAGUAUUGGCACAGUAGGGGAGAUUUCUUUCCAGAGGGAGAGACUGAGAUAGCAGCACAUCUGAAGCGAGCAGGAAACCAAGCCCACUCCACCUUGAUGUGAAAAGCCCAGCGGGGAUCUGACCACAUGACUAAAGGCAGUGGAUACAUCCUCCUCCUCCUCCUGCACUUCAAAAGGAACGCCUGCUUCAUUAAAGAGCUGUGCCAGGAAACCUGAGAAAAUGCCACAAAGAGAGAUGAGCAUUUGCCUUCACAUCUGUACGCAGCAGUACUUACUGUACAUACUGUACCCAUAUGAACCAAAAACUCAAAAUACUAAUACACGAGCCGACGCUUGUGCUGUUUUUGCAUGCCGUGCAUGCUGAGGUAUAAAAACAGGAAAAGUGCUAAUUGGGGCCACACAUAUGGCAGCAGCUACAAUUUACAAACAAACAAACAGAAAAACUGUGUGUAAGCAAGACUGUUACACCAAAUGUUUGGCAGGGAAGUUGGACCUCGGAGAAUCCUGAGAGAAAUGACACAAAACAUAGAAAGAGAGGAGAGGAAGGAGGGAGGUGAACAUCUGACAUUUGCAUUCGAGUGGAAAGUGAUUGUAUGAAUUUUUAAAUGUAUUCCUUGGAGUGAUAUAAUGAGUGUUUGCACUCAUAUACAGCAGCACACUGUGUGUGUGUCAGUCUUUAAGUUGAGGAAGAGCAGGUUUCUAACCAACACGCUCCACUGAUAGUUGUGUAUUUAUCAUUUAUGGCUCAGUAAUUAUUCAGCUGUGUACAUCAAUCUGUUCCUGUACUGAUUAACUAUUGUGUAAACAACAUCAAUAAUACGCUCGGAUAUGGCUCUUAUUCAAAUUUCCUAACAGCUGAGCCGACAGACCAAAUAAGACAGAUAAUGAGCUCAAUAAUGCUGCUCUGUGGAUACUGUUGCACACACACAUCUGGAAACAGACCAAAACAAAAACUGCACAGACGAGUUUUCUUUGAUUCUUUAAAUACUCAAAUGUAACCACAUUUGUUCUGAAUCCAUAUAUAUACACACACUCACACAUACACAUGUACAGGGAGUGUCACUCCAUGUCAGAGUGGUUCAGCCUGCUCCCCACUGAGCUCACAUUUCCUGGUUCCCUCCCCUCAGUUUGACGAUGGGAGAAGGAUGAGCCAACAGGUGGAGAAGAGCCAGAGCUGACAGGCUCCGCCCACUGACGUGUCACAUGUUGUUGAGAUCAGAGCUCAAACCAGUUCCAAUUCUGCGAAAGAGAAACUCAGACAGUCGUGGCGACAGCGAGGUGAAAUGGCAGGAGUUCAGCUGCAGAGAGAAACCUUCUCUUGUUCCAUCUGUUUGGAUCCACUGAAGGAUCCAGGGACUCUUACCUGUGGACACAGCUUCUGUAUGAACUGUAUUAAAAACCACUGGGACACAGAGGAGGAGAAGAGGAUCUACAGCUGCCCUCAGUGUAGAAAGAUCUUCAUGCCGAGGCCUGAACUGGUAAAAAACGUCAUGUUGGCAGAUUUAGUGGAGGAGCUGAAGAAGACUGGACUCCACACUGCUCCUGCUGACCACUGCUAUGCUGGAGCUGAAGAUGUGGCCUGUGAAGUCUGCACUGGCAGGAAACUGAAAGCUCUCAAGUCAUGUUUGGUUUGUUUGGCCUCUUACUGUGAGGAACAUCUCCAACCUCAUCAUCAAUCACCUCCACUAAAGAAACACAAGCUGGCGGAGCCCUCCAAGAACCUCCAGGAGAACAUCUGCCCUAGUCACGAUAAGAUGAUGGACAUGUUCUGUCGCACUGAUCAGCAGUGUAUCUGUUAUCUCUGCUCUGUGUACGAACAUAAAGACCACGACACAGUCUCAGCUGUAGCAGAAAGGACGCAGAAGCAGAGAGAGCUGGUUCUGAGUGUAGAAGAAGUCCAGCAGAGACUCCAGGACAGAGACAAAGACAUGAAGGUGCUUCAACAGGAGGUGGAGGCUCUCACUCUCUCUGCUGAUAAAGCCGUGGAGGACACGGACAAGAUCUUCACCGAGAUGAUGCAUCUCCUGCAGAGGAGAAGCCCUGACGUGAAGCAGCAGAUCAGAUACAAGCAGGAAACUGAGGUGAGUCGAGUCAGAGGCGUUCAGAAGAAGCUUCAGCAGGAGAUCGCUGCGCUGAGGAAGAGAGAAGCUGAACUGAAGCAGCUCUCACUCACACACGAUCACACCCAGUUUCUCCUCAACUACCGCUCACUUUCCGCACUCAGUCCAUCUACACACUCGUCCACCAUCAACGUCCGUCCUCUGAGACACUUUGAGGACAUGACAGCGGCUGUGGUCAGAGGUCAACUGCGGGACGUCCUGACCCAGAUGUGGACAAACAUCUCACUGGCUGUGACUGAAGUAGAUGUUUCACUGACAGAACCAGAACCAAAGACUGAAUUCUUCAGAUAUUCACAGGAAAUCACACUGGAUCCAAACACAGUAAACAAAUGGAUGUUAUUGUCUGAGGGGAACCGAAAAGUGACAGUAACGUAUGAAGAUCAGUCUUAUUCUCAUCACACAGACAGAUUCACUGUGUGUCAGGUCAUGAGUCAAGAGAGUCUGACCGGACGUUGUUACUGGGAGGUGGAGUGGACAGGAAGAGAAGUUUAUGUGGCAGUGACGUACAAGGACAUCAGCAGAUCAGGGAGUGUACUAGGAUUCAAUGAAAGAGGAUUCGGACACAAUGACAAGUCUUGGGCUUUAGUUUGUGACCAAAACUGUUGCAUGUUUGUUCACAACAGUAUCCAGACUAACGUCUCAGAUGGUUCGUCCUCCAGAGUAGGAGUUUACCUGGACCACAGAGCAGGUCUUCUGUCCUUCUACAGAGUCUCUGACACCAUGACUCUCCUCCACAGAGUCCAGACCACGUUCACUCAGCCUGUCUAUGCUGGAGUUAGUUUUUAUUAUUCUUCACCUGGAGACACGGCCGAGUUCUGUAAACUCGAAUAGACAUCGAGCUCUUUCAGGAGCAGUGAGUUAAACUCUGUGUUCGAAUCUUUAACUUCUCUGCUCUCAUUGCAAUGACAACAGUAUGUUUAUGUUUAAAUUCCUCAAAUCCUGAAUGUUAAUGGGAGAAAAAGAAAUUGUUGAACAAUUAAUAAAUUGGUGUUUUUAAAAAUGUUUACUGAUCACACAGGACCAGUAAACAAAUGUCUAUGAAGCAAUGAUGGCUGAUAAGAGCCCGACACCAUCACAGUGGGAUUAAAAAAUGUGAAGUACGCAACACACGGAGUGUCUUUUAACAGAAGGCAGAUGUGCUGUUCCCAGUGAAGAGGGCUUGAUUAGGCAUCAUCGUCAGUGAUCAGCCAUUCUCUGUGUGAGCAUGUGUCCCACUGGGGGUUUACUGGUCUUUCAGGCAAGCUGAGGUUUUAUACUCCACUGUGUUUAUUACUAUGUUAACACUGAUAUAUGCUGCUGGCUCCCACAGGAAGAUAUUCUUCAUGUAAUAUUUCUUUCUUAGUUUUUACCAUUUAUUUAAUUUAAUCAAAGACGGACCAAACGCAGGUAUUUACUUUUUUUUAAUAGCGCAUUUCUUCUUUUGACAGGUUGCAGUAUGACUGAAUUCAAUUUAGAUGUCUGAGUUUGAGGGUGCAUGCUGGCUCUGUACGUGAGCACAACCAUUGUUAAUGUUAACACCUGCAAAAACAUCAAAAACUAAAUAUUUGCUGUGAAAAAGGCCUGUUGUGUUUGGCUGUGUUUGUUAUUCUGACUUGAGAAACACACGCGCACACACAGACACACACACACUUUGUCCUUCGGAUUCAUGUCAAGAGGAUUUUUUUGAUCGCUGUCCUACACAAAAGUGCAGCUGUAGAAAAAUCCCC